GCAGCCAAUCAGAUGUCCGAUGGAGUGGCCGCUUCGGACAGACACAGCUUGCAGUCAGUCGCAACAGUCCGUCCGGACUACAAAGAUCGGUUCGGUGAGAAGUGAGAGUGACGGAAAGACAGGCGGACAAUGAGCGGGCAGAGGGCGACACGGCAGAGGAGAGGGCAGUAGAUGGAGACAAAAAGGUCCUUGGCCAGAAAACUGUAAAUUAAGAAACAGCUGAAGGGCAGGUGUAGCUUAGGCUUUGAGAGGUGUUCAGUAAACAGAGAAAGACAACGGAACAUUUGUUUUUUUAAUCAUUUUAUCCGGGAUAUGGUAGCAGAGCGCACAUGGAUUUAGUCGACCUCUACCUUCCCGAGUGUUUCAGCUACAACUCUGACACAGAGUAUCCAGGCAGAAUGUCAGUGAGGGGCUUGGACCCUGCCUGUCCCACCUCGAUAAAGCGUGAGCCCUCCAGCCCCAGCUCUCAGGGCGAUGUCAGCCCAGCUCACCCCAGUCCAGUCAGCUCCUCAUCAGAUACGAACUCCAGUUGCGGUCCCCUCACGAAGGGCGUCAGUCACAACAAUGGGCUGGACUCACUGAGCCUCUGUGGUCACACAGCAGGCUUGGCAAAUAAUGGUGGAACAAACAGGAGGUUUGGGGAGGAAGAAGGCCAAGUGAAGUGUGAGUUCAUGCUGGGAACUGUGGCAAAGCGGGUGUGUCUGGUGUGCGGUGACGUAGCCUCUGGCUAUCACUAUGGUGUGGCUUCCUGUGAGGCUUGCAAGGCCUUUUUCAAGAGGACCAUCCAGGGUAACAUCGAAUACAGCUGCCCAGCGUCCAACGAAUGUGAAAUCACCAAGAGAAGGAGGAAAUCCUGCCAAGCCUGUCGAUUUCUGAAGUGUCUUGCAGUGGGCAUGCUGAGAGAAGGCGUACGUCUGGACCGGGUUCGAGGAGGCAGACAGAAGUACAAGAGGAGAAUAGAUGCUGAGAACAGCCCCUAUUUGCACCCACAGAACAGCUUGCCACAGAAAAAAACAUAUGCAGUGGAAAACAAGGUGGUAUCUCUGCUGCUAGUAGCCGAGCCGGAGAGCAUCUUCGCCAUGCCGGACCCUACGGUACCUGAGAGCGACAUCAAGGCACUGACCACGCUGUGCGACCUGGCAGACAGAGAACUGGUGGUCAACAUCGGCUGGGCCAAACACAUCCCCGGCUUCCCCACCCUCUCUUUAGCUGAUCAGAUGAGUCUCCUGCAGAGUGGCUGGAUGGAGAUCCUGAUCCUUCGAGUGGUAUUUCGCUCUCUGGCCAUGGAGGACAAACUGGUUUAUGCCGAAGACUACAUAAUGGACGAGGAGCAGUCCAAACUGGCUGGGCUGUUUGAUCUGAACAAUGCAAUCCUGCAGCUGGUGAAGAAGUAUAAAUGCAUAGGGCUGGAAAAGGAGGAGUUUGUGCUCCUUAAGGCCAUCGCUCUCGCAAACUCAGACUCCAUGCAAAUUGAGGACUCUGAGGCAGUUCAGAGACUUCAAGAUGUCCUUCACGGUGCCCUGCAGGACUAUGAGGCCACCCACCACCCUGAGGACUGUCGGCGUGCUGGAAAGCUGAUCAUGACCCUCCCUCUUCUCCGUCAGACGGCAGCUCGUGCCGUCCAGCACUUCUGCAGCAUCAAACAGGAUGGCCGCGUGCCUAUGCACAAACUAUUCCUUGAACUCCUUGAGGCCAAAGCUUGAUCAGAAACAGAUCUGUCUGCUGCUUUGUGACCUCAGAGGUUUAAUAUGAGAAGGAGCAAAGCAUAUUGGUGAAUAGCGGGUUCGCAACUGUAUUAGUCCAUUUUAGCUGAACAUAGUGACUGGAACGUGUUUUUUUUUGGAGACACAGCCCUCCUGUUUCCUAUAAAAACAGUCAAAUUGGCUUAAGUUUGCUAACUUGAUGACAUAUUGGACAGAUGGCCUAAAAGCAAAGGAAUCGCGCCUUCUUCAGAUAUUUGCAGUUAUAUGCCAAACCUUAUUUCUUUAAAAUAAUUUAAGAAACACUUGAUACUUGAAGAUCCUUCUGGAUUAUUUUACGCAUCUUGAAGCCUGUAAAAUCUGCAUCCUAGUGGUUUAGAGAACAUUAAUGAUAAGAAGUUUGUUUUCCUUCUUUGUUGUAUAGUAGAGAUGUACUGUUAGUCUUGCCAAAGAGUAAACACUCUUUAUUAUUGAGUUAUACCAGCAGAUGUCCAUGAUUUUGUGAUGUGGCAAAUGAAAUGCUCACAAAAAUCUGCUCCCUUGCUGUAUUAUAUUGCAGAAAUAUCUAUCUCCAUUCAUGCACACAACAUAUUACCAGGCUAUUUCAGGGAAAGAGUGCUUCAUGAUGCAUCUGUACUACAGCAACGUAAUAUUUAUUUAUUUGUGGCUCUGUUCUGUUACUUUUAUUUACAAAUGGGCUAUUGCAGCAGGAGGAUAAUUUUUUAAAGAUUUUUAACUAAUUUUGUGAGGUAAUUUUUUACCAGCUUCUCUGCUGUAGCACUGUUAACUGACACCAUAUCAUAUUACCAUAGAAGUGGGGUCUGUGCUUGAGGAUCAUAAUAGUGUAGAGUUGUGCAGAACACCAAUAAGACAUCAUGUGAAACAAAAAAAAGGCUGCCAUAAUGUACAGUUCACUUCAAAAGUUUACAUGCUGUGUUAAUUUUGGGCUUUUGAUGAUAUAUAUGAACUGUUUUUCUUUUACUGGACUGAUAAAACAGCUCUCAGUUUUAAUGAUUUUUUAAAUCUUGAACUUGGGCACAAUUUUGUCUCUAAUUCACACAGGCUUAAUUAUAUACAUCGAUUAUAUACAUCGCUUCAAAUUAAUAUUUGGCUAAAUGUUUCUUAGGAAAUUGCACCUCAACCACAUGGUUUUUGUAGAAAUCAACAAGCUUCUGACGAAAUUCUGGCUGGAUAUUUGACCUCUGCUUGUCAGAAUUGGUAGAGCUCAUUUAAAUUGCCUGCUUUUCUAAUACAGGCCAAAUGUUUAAACAUAGCCCACACAUUUUCAACAAGGAUGAGGGUUGGGACCAUUACAGAAGCUCAGUAUUAGCCUGGAUUCAUUAUCCUGUUGGAAUACCAAACUGUAUCCAAGUUUCAGCCAUCUAGUUGUUGAUUUGAGGUGAAGUUGGUCCACCUGUUUCAUUAUUCCACUUAAUUUCUGCAAUCUAUCGUACCACUAGCAGUGAAACAGCCCCGCUGCAUGGUGCUGUCACCACCUUGCUUUAUAGUUCUUAGGCAUAAAGCCUUAAUUGACUCAUCCAAACAAACGUUUUGUCAUUGACCAAAUAGGUCAAUCUUUGUCUCGUCAAACUUUUCUCCAGAAGGAAUUUGGCUUGUCCAAGUGAGCAGCUGCAACUAUUUGUUAAGCUUGAUGGUGUUCAUUUGGGAGCAGGGGGUUCUUCUUUUUCUCAUUAGCCAUUCAGUCCUUGUUUUUUUUUUUAUGUUUAUUUUUGCGGCAUUAGAGGCCUUUGUUUUUCAUUUUACGACAGUUGGUAGACAGGAAAGAGGGCAAAGAGAGAGGGAGACAUUCGGCAAAGGGUGCCGGGUCCAGGACAGCCGCAUCAAGGACUAUAGCCUCUGCACUUGGUCGCGUGCUUAGCCCCUACACCACCAGUGCCGCGCCCCAUUCAGUCCUCGAUGUUAAACUAGCUUCACUAGACACUGAUAAUUGGGUUUCGCAGUCUUCCAGUUCAAUCUUCUGUGGCUCUCGGCUUUCUCCUGCUCCUAAGCUGUUUACUUUCAUCUGAGGGACCGUUUGGGUCACAUGGUUGAAACUUGGACACAGCUGGGCAUCUAACAGGACAAUGAUCCCCAACACACCCCAAAACCAAUUUUGAAAUGGAUAAAACAGGUCUGGAAUGGCCCUAACUUCAACCAAAUUCAAACGUGUGUGUGUGUGUGUGUGUGUGUAUAUACAGUUCUUGUUUUCAAAAAACAUCAAAGUUUUAUGCCCUGGAAAAAUAACAGUUCAAAUGCAUCUUUAAAAGACCAAACAUACCUUCAUGCACAUGGAAGGUUUAUGUAAACCUCUGACCAGAACUGUAGAUCUGUAAUUAGGGAAUCAAGUUGAUGUCUUUUGCUAUAGUAGAAGUCUGUGUGUAGAAUCAAAACGUGUGCACUGAUUUCGUUUUAGCCAUAAUGUUUGGGGAACCUGGUGGUGGCACUUUGUUAAUGUGCUAGCGUGUGUUUGUUGUGUGAAGAGUCUCUGAAAUUUGUCUCCCGCCACACAUGUCGAAUGAAGGGAGAGAACCCUCUCGGGUUUAUGGUCCGACGGCACCAAUGUGAUGGUCGGUUUAAAACGUUUGUCAUGUAAGAUUUGCUGUAUGUACAUCAUGUCUUAUGCCAACCGAGGUGUUUUACAGAUGUGAGCGUUUUUCCCUGCAGGAGCUGAGCUGUGCUGUUUCAUUCUCAGGUGGAUUCUUGGGCAAUAAAGACGAUUCCCUUAAUGCAAA